CCCCCUCCUCCGCCAUGAGUUCUUACGUCGCCAAUUCGUUUUAUAAGCAAAGUCCCCACGUUGCUGCCUAUGCCAUGCAAAGUUAUGGAAAUUAUGGAAGUGUGCCUGAGGUUCAGCCAUCCAGGUGCUGCUACAGCGGCGUGGAUCUGAGCAUCACCUUCCCCUCCUCCGGGGCUUCCAACCCUGAGAGCGGCGUGGAUAUGUCUGCAAACCCCCGGGCUCACCCCGAUCGACCUUCCUGCACGGUCAUGGGUUCGUCGGGCCAUCUUUUAAACGAACCCCCACCUUUAAACCCAGGAAUUUACAGUCAGAAGACAGCGAACGCGGCAACGUUGGAAGAGAGAUCGAAAGGCUCUGCAGAAAUCAAAGCUGAGCCCGUGCAAACAGCACAACAAGGAGGACCACAAGUGCAGCAGCAACGGCCACCUCCACAAAUAUACCCGUGGAUGACCAAACUACACAUGAGCCAUGGUAAAACUUUCACUUCUUGAUUUUGUUUCACAGGAUUUUGCCUCGGUUUUAUAGGCCAUGCGGGGCAAAUAAUAAAAAACCUGAGGUCGUAAAUUUUACGACUAAGGCAUCAAUUGCUCGUAAAACUGUCCACUAAAAGGCUUAGAGGCUAUAUACGCCCAAAUUUAUGACAGCAUAAUUGGAUCAUAGAAACAAAACGUGUAUAAAAGGCAAUAUUCCAUUUUUUUGGGAAGGGGGGGUUAAAAAUAACUCGAAGUACACAUGUUCUUCCAGGGUGAGCUUUAAAAUAAGAAAUGCCACCAGGAGCGAAGCGGAGGGAGGGGAGCGGGGUCGGACCUUUCCCUUCCACCUUCCCAGGGCUGAGGGAAAAGGAAGGAGAGAUCUCCACGAAGAGAAAUCCCCUCCUUUGUACACUUGGUUAUUGUGUGAGGGGAAACAGGUUCAGUGCUGGCUCGUCUACGUGUGGUUGGUGUGAGCCUGGGGAAAGGAUGGGG